AUGUUUGAGGAGACGGUGGGCGGGAGGCACAUGGCGGGAAAGCACGCCGCCUCCCCCCCCCCACCCGACGAGACGGGGGAAGUCUCGCGAGAAGUGGGAGAGCGAGAGGCGAGACCCGCUCUAACCCCGUGGACGCCGUUCAGCUCCACUCGGCCAAUAGACUCCAUCGAAACAAACGGAACGAUAGAUGAAACCUGGGGUUUGCCUCCCCCUCUCUCUUUCCGCCCUCCGGUACCGCUUUCCCGGGUUACGAACUACACUUUCCCAUCAGCCUUUUUGGCUCCACUUGCUGCUCGUGACUCCCGCGCCGCCUCUGAGUUCCGCUUCCGCUUCCGGUCCGUGGCUCUCAGCCUCGUUUGCGCCUCCCUCUUCCGGAUUCGAGCUACGGCUUCCGGUCCAUGGCUCCCACUUCCGGUUUUGAUCCACAACUUCCGGUCCGUGGCUCUCAGCUCCGUCUGCAGCUCACGUUCCCAAUCUGCGGCUCCCACUUCCGGUUUUUCGCCCCCCACUUCCGCCCUGCCCCUCUCUUCCCGCUCCCGGCCGCGUGGCACUCUGGGAGCCGUAGUCCGCUUCCGCCUCUCGUUCCAUGGCCGCGCACAGGACCGGAAGUGCCCUCCGAACUACACCCGCCAUGCUUCCCCGCCGCCCCUCUGCCCCAUGGCGGAGCCGCUGCCCUGGUGCGUGGCCGCUCUCCGUUCCCGCACCGAACCGGGGCUGAGCCGCGCUUUAACGGCUUUACGACGAUGGCACACGCGAAACCCGAAAGGAGCCGAAGGAUUCCGGGCUCGGGGUGGAGUCAAACCGCUUUUGGAGCUUUUAGGACCUCCGUGGAAAGGACGCACGGUGGAAUUGGCGCUCAGCGUUCUCGGCAACGUCUGCGCCGAAAAGAGCUGCCGGAGGGAAGCCAGGAGAUGCGGAGGAGUCGGGAGGCUGGUGAUCCUACUGAGCUCCUCGGGACCCGAAAGCGUCUGGAACCGAGCGGCCCGAGCUCUGGCCAACCUGGCUCUGGAACCCGAUGGGGCGCGGGAUGUCCUCGAGGCAGGUGGGCGUCCCCAAGGGUCCCCAAGGGUUCCUCGGGGUUUUUGGGGGUCUUUUGGGGUCUCUAUGGGAUUUCUGGUGGUGGUUAUGGGGUCUCUGAGGGUCCAACUGGAGAUCCCCAGUAUCAGAUUUGGGGUCUUAUGGAGGUUUGUGGUGUCCCUGAGGUGUCCCCAAACGUCCCCAUGGGGUCCCAAAGGUUCCUCUUGGUUUUCUGGGGUCUUUUCGGGUCUUUAUGGGGUUUCUGUUGGUCGUUAUGGGGUCUCUGAGGGUCAAA